AUGGCUUCCACAAAUUCACAACCAGUUUUUAGAGAUGGUGGUAACAGUAACAAGCCCCCAUUGUUCAGUGGUGAAUAUUUUGAUUUUUGGAAAAUUCGUAUGAAGGCACAUUUAGAAGCACAAGGAGAUGGUAUAUGGAAAGUCGUUGUUGAAGGACCAUUUGUUCCUAUGAUUGUUGUAAAUGGUGUAGGCACACCCAAAAUCCAAAGUUCAUGGGAUGAGGAUGAUAAGAAAAAAGUACUCAACGACAAAAAGGCAAUCAAUAUACUUCAAAGUGCACUUAACAUGGAUGAAUUUUUCCGUAUUUCAACAUGUGAAACAGCAAAGGAAAUAUGGGAUACAUUGGUGGAAACUCAUGAAGGAACCGUUGAAGUUAAAAGAUCUAGAUUGAACACCUUGAGUCAAGAAUACGAAUUAUUCACAAUGCAGCCUGGAGAAUCAAUCCUCAACUUGCAAAAAAGAUUCGUGCAUUUGACAAAUCAUUUAAAAGCACUUGGUAAGACUCUUACUAACGAUGAACUUAAUCUUAAAGUGCUUAGAUCUUUAACCAGGGAAUGGCAACCAAAAGUGACGGCAAUAUCCGAGAAGAAAAGUCUAUCCACAAUGACUUCCGCAACGCUGUUCGGAAAACUUCAAGAAUAUGAGACAGAACUUAGAAGACUUGAAAAGCAUGAGAAUCAAGAAAAACAAUCUAAAGGGAUUGCAUUAAAGGUUGAUUCCAAGGAAGAUGGAAAAGAUAAUCCGGAGGAAGACAAGGACUUCAUGCAUCUUGUAAAACGGGUAGGUAAAUUUCUUAUUAAUAAUGGUAAUUCUAACUUUGUGAAAAAGAAGAAAUUUUUUGACAAGAAGGAAGCAUCUACAUCCACACAAAAUAUCAUUUGUUAUGAAUGUGGGCAACAAGGACACAUAAAGACGGAUUGUCCAAAUCUUGCAAAGAAAAGUACUUUCAAAAGAAGAAAUGAGUCAAAGCCCAAAAGAGCCUAUAUUGCAUGGGAUGAUAAUGACAUAAGUUCAUCAUCUGAAUCAGAGAGCGAAGAAUAUGCAAAUCUUGCACUAAUGGCAUCACAUCAUUCUGAUGAUGAAAGUGAAGAGGUUAGUAGUAAAUCUUCUUCUUAUAAUAAUGAUUAUCAAGGUGCUAUUAAUGAAUUACUUAAUGAAUGUAAAAUUCUAUAUAAAACGGUGUCAACACAAAAGAAACAAAUUUUAUCUCUUGAAGAAAAGAUUGACACCAUGGAAAAGAAUUUUGAAAAUGAAAAACAAAUUUAUAUUGAAAGAGAAAAACAGAAUUUUACAUGCAAAGAGUGUGAUUCACUUUCCUUCCAAAUUGUCCAAUUGAAAAGAGUUCUUGAAAGAUAUGAAAAAGGACAAGUUGGAUUGGACAAUAUCCUUAGUCAACAAAGAUUUUCUAAUGAUAAAAGUGGACUUGGUUAUUCUAAUUUUGACAAACCAAGUACAAGUAAAACUAUCUUUGUUAAGGCAAUUGAUCAAUCCACCAAAGAGAAAGUGAAUAAAGCACCAAAAGUUCAUCAUUAUCCUAAGAAAAGAUUUUCUAAAAAGAAAUCCUAUAUUCCUAGAUAUAGAAGUAAUUUUGUUCCUACUUGUUUUUAUUGUGGUAUAAGUGGCCAUACUCCUAAUGCUUGCUAUGUAAGGAACAUUGGUGUUCCUAAUGGGGAGUAUAUAUGGAUAAAGAAAGGAACUAACCCAAGAGGACCCAAAGAAAAAUGGGUACCUAGAAAAUAUUAUUAA